UGAUUGACACUCAAAACCUUUAAUAAUACCCCUAAUUGAAUAGACAAUGGUCGAUGUUAUUGCAAAUGUUUGCAACAGACCAAGUUCCCAAGAAAAAAUAUGUGGUUGUGGUUGUGGUCUUGGCAUUUGCAGCCCCAUUUCCCGAAACAGCAACAGACCUCCUGCGCGACUACUGUCAGGGAGGAGCAUCCCGUCUCACACACAGGGUGAAGGAGACGGUGAGACGAAACAAGAAGACGAAGACCAGGCGUCCCGGUGAGCCUCCGUUAGAAGCAGGCUGGAUCCCGUUUCUUGGGGUCGCAUUAGAUUACGGCAGAAACCCAUUGGCUUUUCUACGGGAGACAGAGAAGAAGUGUGGAAAAGCUUUUACAUGUAAAAUAGCCGGAAAGUAUUUCACAUUUAUUACAGAUCCGUUUUCUUUCCCGGCCGUUGUUCGACAAGGGAAAAACUUGGACUUCCAGAAGUUCGCCAUCGGCUUCUCUCAGCGGGUCUUUGGUCAUGCUGACUUUACAGCACCUGCAUAUACAAGCAGUUACAGAGAAGUCCAUUCCUUAUUUCGUCAAACACUGCAGGGAUCAUCACUCACAGAGUUGACUGAGAGCAUUUUGGGUAACCUGCAGGCUGUGUUGAGACAAAACCUUCCUCAGGGUGAAGACUGGGAGGAGGAGGGGCUCCAGGAUUUCUCUUAUCGUAUCAUGUUUGAGGCAGGGUUCCUCACUCUCUUUGGGCAAGAGGUGGGCAUGUUGGAGAAAGGAGAUAACAGAUCUGCCCAGGCUAAUCCAUGCAUGCGCCAGGUGGCCCAUGACUUCUUGGUUUUUGACCAUGCCUUCCCCAAAAUGGCAGCAGGGCUGCCCAUCCAUCUGUGUGUACGUGCUUGGCUGGCACGCGAGGCCCUGGCUGAGAAAUUCCACCAUGUUCGGCUGCAACGCCACCAAAGCAUCUCUGCCCUCAUCAAGCGCAGGAUGGAUGCCUUUGAUAGCAUGCAGCUGGAUGAGCGUGGAAAGGCCCGGACCCAUGUGUGCAUGCUGUGGGCUUCGCAGGCCAACACUCUCCCCACUGCCUUCUGGAGUCUCUACCACAUGCUCAGUUCUCCAGAAGCUCUGAGAGAGGCUCGUGCAGAGGUGGACCGUGUGCUGGAGCAACCAGGUGAUCCAGAUCAACCAAUCAGUAUCUCAAGAGAACAGCUGGACUCAAUGGUGGUCUUAGGAAGUAUCAUAGAGGAAGCUCUGAGAUUAUCCAGUGCCUCCAUAAUGAUUCGUGUUGCUAAUGAGGAUUCCACCAUCACUCUGGACUCGGGAGACACUGCUGCCAUCCGAAAAGGAGAUUACAUCGCCUUGUACCCUCAGCUUAUACAUAUGGACCCAGAAAUAUAUCCCAAUCCUACGGAGUUCCAGUUUGAUCGCUUCCUGGACAAUGCAGGGCAAAGGAGAAGCCUUUUCUAUAAGAACGGCCGCAGGCUAAAGCAUUUCUUGGUGCCUUUUGGCUCAGGAGUAAGUGAAUGCCCUGGGAGGUUCUUUGCAGUAUGUGAAAUCAAGAUCUUCCUAGCGCUGGUGCUGUGGCACUAUGAUCUGGAGCUCGGACACUCAAAUACUCCACUGACCACAGACUGUACCCGUGCAGGACUAGGCAUCCUGCCGCCCACACAAGACGUCCUCCUCCGCUACAGAGUCAGGCCCAGGGCCAGCACAUCCGACACAUGCAAAAAGGAGCAGCAUGGGGAAGGGGAUAGUGAUGAGACAGUUGAAUUGACAGAGUAGCACUAAGAGGUAUACUGAGACAAAGACAGAGAGGAAGUAGAAGAGUAUCAUGUAAGGUGUGCAGUAAGAGAAGUGGGAAGCAUUGGAGGAUAUUGAAAAUUAGGCAAUGCUAUCUUAAUGCAGCUGAUAUUCUUAUACUUUUUGAGUUAUAUUUCACAUUGGUCAUUGGUCCUGUUUUUGGAUUUUUGUUUUGUUUAUUCUGUACACACUGUAUUGUGGUGCAUGUAGGAAUUACUCCAUGGAAGAGUUGAAUGCUAGAAUAGUAAUGGAUGAAUCCCAGAGCCUGGUUCUGUGAUUGUGAAGCAACAGAUGUAUUACAAGCAGAAGUAUUGUGAAUUGAAAAGUGUUUCUCUACUGUAUAUGGGAUUCAGUUGAGAUGAGAAUUGUAUAUAAUUUUAUAUAAAUAUGUGCUGAUUUUUUCUUGUGGAGCAAGAAGAUACUGUAGAUUAGGUCUAAAUGUCCGAGGGACCAACCGUGAAAAAUAUAGGAGGGUGGACGAGAAAUAUCUGCACUUAAACAUUUCAUAUUUCAAAAUAACCAAAAACAGUGGUGGUUUAAACAUUUCUGGGUGAGUUUAUGCUAGGAAGUGGUAAAGUCAGUACUAGCUUGAGACUAAUGUUGUGUUGCUAAAAUGUCUUUGGGUCCUGUAUAAUCAGCGUUGAUGUGUGCAUUGUGUGUUCAACUAUGGAAAUCAUUUAGGCCUGCAGAGAAUAAAAGUAUAUAUGC